UACUAUUGAGUUUCUUCUUUUAGUCAUUUCUCUCUCUCUCUGUGUUCAUGUUCCAUAGGAGAAAUGUUGGAUUUUCAGUUGGAGAAAUCAUGAGUUCAAUCUCCAGUGUUAAACUCCAUUUAUGGUGGAUCGUUGUUCUUGUUGUUGUUGUGGUUCAAGGUUUUGGAGUGAACACCGAUGGGGUUCUCUUGCUUUCUCUUAAACUCUUUAUUCUGGGUGAUCCUCUAAACGUGUUGCAGAGCUGGAAGUCCUCCGACCAGACGCCAUGUUCGUGGAAUGGAGUGACUUGUGGAAGACCAGACAACGACUCCUAUGUCUACUCUCGUGUUACAGCGCUGUCUCUUCCGAAUUGUCGGCUUCUUGGUUCCAUCCCUUCCGAUCUGGGAAUGAUUCAGUACCUUGAAAUUCUCGAUCUUUCCAACAAUUCCUUCAAUGGGUCCCUUCCUCUUUCGAUUUUCAAUGCAACUCAGCUUCGGUCGCUUGAUUUGUCUAACAAUUCCAUUUCUGGGUUUAUACCGGAAACGAUAGGACGGUUGAGAAAUCUCCAAUCGCUUAACCUCUCCGAUAAUGCAUUGACGGGGGAUUUACCUGCAACUCUUACUAAUAUCCAGAACCUAACUGUUGUUUCUUUGAAGAACAAUUACUUGUCUGGAAACCUUCCAACUGGGUUCCAAUCUCUUCAAGUUUUGGAUCUUUCUUCAAAUCUCAUAUAUGGGUCCUUGCCUCCGAAUUUCGGAGGCGAAAAAGUUAGCUACUUUAACAUUUCUUACAACAGACUUUCCGGGGAAAUUCCGCCGCAAUUCGCCGAGAAAAUCCCUGGUAACGCCACCAUUGAUCUUUCUUUCAAUAACCUCAGAGGAGAAAUCCCGGAUUCCGUCGUUCUCAAGAAUCAAGUAUCCAAAUCUUUUUCCGGGAAUCCUCAUCUAUGCGGUGAAGCAACCAGGCGUGCUUGUCCUAUUCCUUCUUCACCGACUUCUCCGCCAGCAAUCGCCGCCAUCCCCAGAACGAUGGACUCCGACACGCCGGAAUCGUCGUCGGGUGCUAAAAAACAAGAUCAAAGCAGGCUGAAAACAGGAACGAUUGUAGGAAUUGUUGUGGGAGAUAUAGCCGGAAUCGCAUUCGUUAUCAUGGUUUUCAUCUUGGUGCACAAGUUAAAGAGGAAAAAGAGAGUCGAAACCGCAACGAAACAAGAAGCAAAAGACAAUUUGUCGAUAACAUCUUCAUCGUCGGAAUCAAAAGGGUUUUCGAGAUGGUCGUGUUUGAGAAAGAGAGGGGAGUACGAAGAAGAUUCUGACGCCACCUCCGACACCGAAGAAGAUCAAAGCGGGAGCAAAAGUCAAGACAAUCAACGGCAGCAAGAGCAAGAACACGACAAGAAAGGGACACUGGUAACGGUCGACGGGGAAAAGCAGCUUGAGCUGGAGACGUUACUAAAAGCAUCGGCUUACCUUUUAGGCGCGACGGGUUCCAGCAUAAUGUACAAGGCGGUUCUGGAAGACGGGACGCCGUUGGCGGUUCGAAGGAUCGGUGAGAACAGUGUGGACCGGUUCAGGGAUUUCGAGAACCAGGUCCGGGUCAUUGCUAAACUGGUUCACCCGAAUUUGGUCAGGAUUCGAGGGUUCUACUGUGGAGUUGAUGAAAAGCUCGUCAUCAACGAUUUUGUACCAAAUGGCAGCCUCGCCUACGCUCGUUACAGGAAAGCUGCUUCUUCACCAUGUCAUCUUCCAUGGGAAUCUCGGCUAAAGAUAGCUAAAGGUGUGGCCCGUGGCCUCGCAUAUCUCCAUGAGAAGAAGCAUGUGCAUGCCAAUUUGAAGCCGAGCAACAUCCUGUUAGGCACCGACAUGGAACCCAAGAUUGGAGAUUUCGGACUGGAAAGGCUGGUAACAGGCGACGCGAGUUAUAAAGCUGGAAUUUCAGCCCGAAACUUGGGCAGCAAGAGGUCAACCGUGUCGAGAGAAAGCUUCCAAGAUUUAGUAGGACCUAGCCCGAGUCCAAGCCCGAGUUCAUUAGGCGUAUCGCCUUACCACGCCCCCGAGUCACUUAGGAGCUUGAAGCCUCAUCCCAAGUGGGAUGUGUUCGCAUUCGGUGUGAUAUUACUGGAGCUCCUGACGGGGAAAGUGGUGGUGGUCGAUGAGCUCGGGCAGGGGAAUGGGAUCGUCGUCGAAGACAAAGACAAGGCCUUGAGGAUGGCCGAUGCGGCAAUCCGUGGCGAUUUGGACGGCAAAGAGGAUGCGUUGCUGGUUUGUUUUAGGUUGGGGUAUAGUUGCGCAUCUCCGAUCCCACAAAAGAGACCAUCCAUGAAAGAAGCUUUACAAAUACUUGAUAAAAUCCCAUCUUCAACAUGCUAUUAUGGACACUCAUGAACAAUCAAUAAAUGGAUCAAAUCGGAUACUGUCUUUGUAGAAAAUGUAUGUAUUGAUUGGCUGAUCAU